CUGCAAAUCGGGUAGCGAUUGGCUGAGGCGUGCAAACCGUGAAGUUCAGGAUUAAUGUCGAACGAAAUCGACGCGGGAGAAUAGAGAAUCCCGUUUGGUGAAACAUCCUUCCAGUUUCGUACGUUAACGUCACGCACCCAGGGGUGUCCACCCUCCAUUCAGGUGGUCUGCUCAGAGCAGGAGCCCUCCUGUGAGAUCAGAGCCACGUGCCGCAGGCCGGGAGAGAAUGCUGACAUCUUCCAGUAGUAAAACCGUCUGCAGCAUGAACCAGAAACCUGAUGAGAGUGUCAGAGAGGUUAAAAAAGAGGAGCCGGAAUACCUGCUGUCUGCGGGUGUGGGGGCCACGAAGGACAGCCCCCCCGAGAUGCUAAUGGCUGGAGCUGUCAACACAUCCCAGCAUUUCCCAUCUCCUCCUGGCCCUAGUACCUUUCAGCCCAGUACAGACACAUUCAGUACCUUGAAUGAAGCGGGUACAGACACUCCAAAAGCUCAACGGGAAUCCAGGGCUGAAAAGAAUCUCGAUGUAAAGAGAAGUCACAAAGUAUACCAGCAGACUCAGUCAGGAGAGAAGCCUUACCAGUGCUCCCAGUGUGGGAAGAGAUUCAGCAAUUCAGGAAACCUAAAAACACACCAGCGGAUUCACACAGGGGAGAGGCCCUACCAGUGCUCCCAGUGUGUGAAGAGAUUCAGCCAUUUAGGAAACUUAAGAACACACCAGCGGAUUCACACAGGGGAGAGGCCCUACCAGUGCUCCCAGUGUGGGAAGGGCUUCAAUCAAUUAGGAAAUCUAAAGAGACACAAGCAGAUUCAUGCAGGGGAAAAACCCUACCAGUGCUCCCAUUGUGGAAAGAAUUUUAGGGAUUUAUCAUACAUGAAGGUACACCAGCGUACUCACGCAGGGGAGGGGCCUUACCAGUGCUCCCAGUGUGGGAAGAGUUUCAGUCAUUUAGGAACUCUAAGGGAACACCAGCGCACACACACCGGAGAGAAGCCCUACCUGUGCUCCCUGUGUGGGAAGAGAUUCAGCCGUUUAGGAUACCUAAAAUCACACCAGCGGAUUCACACAGGGGAGAAGCCCUACCAGUGCUCCCAUUGUGGGAAGAGCUUCCGUGAAUUAAAGCACCUAAAGAGACACCAACGAAUUCACACAGGGGAGAGACCCUACCAGUGCUCCCAGUGUGGGAAGAGCUUCAUUCAUUUGGGAAGCAUAAAGGCACACCAGCGAUCUCACACAGGGGAGAGGCCCUAUCACUGUUCUGAGUGUGGGAAGAACUUAAGUUCUUUAUCAAGCCUACAAGCACACAUGUGGAUUCACACAGGAGAGAGGCCCUACCAGUGCUCCCAUUGUGGGAAGAGAUUCAGUGCUUUAGAGCAUGUAACAGCACACCAGUGGAUUCACAAAGGGUAGAGCCCCUGCCAGUGUGAGAAGAGCUUCAGGGAAUUAAGACACCUAAAGACACACCAGCGGACUCACUGAGGGGAAAGUGCCGAUGUUUGCAGUGUGGGAAGAAUUUCAGUCGACGAAUUCUAAAGGUCCACCAGCAAAUUCACUCUGGGGAGAAGCCCUACCAGUGCUCCCAGUGUCUAUAUAGUGUAAAUAUAAGGAAUAUCACUAAGUUCUCACAAUGUAUGCAGUUUGCUUUUUCGGUGUUUUCCUGGUGAUGUUUUUCAAGUAUAUUUUCCCUCUUACUUGGUUGAAAUUUAACACCAUGUCCAAGUGAUUUGAUUUUUGGAGGAAAAAUUUAAAGGGUUUUCCUACCCUUUAUGGAAAUCACUGCUGCCAACUGUUCAUAUUGGACAAGUUACAUUUGAGAAAUCUUUUGUUAAACGUAACUGUUUCUAGUUUAAAAAAAAAAAAAAAAAAAUUUAAUUAUUAAUGUUUCAUUCUUUGUCUUUAUAUUUGCUGUACUUAUUCCCUUUUUAAUUACUUUAUAUGGUUUGAGUUGCGCACAUUCUAUGGAAUCAGAUUUGUGCCAAUAAAUGCAAAAAAAAUGACAUCUCAAAAGAUUUAUAACUUACAAACAAAUAACUUGCAAAUGUCAUCUCAAAAAUAAAAUGUAUUACUUGUAAAUAAA